AAUAAUACUAUAUUUGAGGAUUUGUAGUACCAGAGAAAUGCAAGUGCCCAAUGGUUUGAGUGUUUUCUCUCUGAAAGGCGAAUGCCCUUUUUUACGGAAAAGCCGAAGAUUAGGGGGCGACAUGGAAAUUUCCUAGGCAUAGAAAGUAGUAUUUUGAGAAAGCAAAGCAAUACAAUGACAUCGUGGUACGGACCGUUGAUCGAUCUCUCAAAAGCUUAUGAUCACGAGGGUCAUUUCGUCCAGCUCCUCGUUUUCGUCCACCGUUCCACUCCUGUUCAGUAGUAUAAAUUGUCCAAAGGAGGAGAAAUAAUCAGGACAGACAUUCAGGUCGGCGAUGACACUUUACCCUUAUUCUCCGUCUCCUUAUGGAAGAAAGAAAUGCGGUCCAUUGUCUUUGCCGGCGACGUCGUUUUAUUGCAAAAUGUCAAGAUCACCAAAUUUCGUGACGUUUUCGAGGCCAGAACUGUGGACUGGUCAUCCUUUCACCGUCUAGUCUACCCUUACGACUCCCUAGUUUCAAAGGGUGCAACUGAAUUAGUAGCAGAGUGUCGAGUGGGGAUGGCGGCUAAAGAAAAGCUUAGGAAGGUUAUAGAAUGGGUGCAGCGGACCGGAUAUACUGCUAUUCACGAUGUCGAAGCAUAUGACUGUCAAAAUAGGCGACUCUCCAGAAACUGGAAAGUGCCAGAACCAAAUAAAUUUAGAGAAUGUCCCUCACUUUCUGAAGUAUUGCGCCUGACUAGUCACUGUAAGGCAAUAUUUAGUGCUUCUAUUGGCGAAAUUUUUCUGCCAAUUACUUGGAGGCCUAUUGGUGAGUCUGAGAAUGAAAAUAUGUUCGUCAGCAGGAGACUGUAUACAUCAGGAGACAAUAAUUUAGCAGAAGAUCUUAUUUGCACUGGUUGCCGGCUAUGUGGUUCCCCUUUGGAUCCAGAGCAUGGGUCUACCAUUGGGAAGAAUUCUCUUCCACUCUAUUGUGAGAAAAGCUCAGAUAGCCUUCAUGCAGUCAGCUUGAUAUAUAGGCCUUUCAUGUUAUAUUUAUGGGAUGAAUCUGAACACAUGCCAAUACUGGUAAAAAACAAUGCUGCAGAGAAAUUGUUCGGAAACAUCAAGGCUGAAAGAGUUUACUUAUGCUAUAGAGAGUACAAGCGUGAUAAAAACCCUGAUCCAGGAUGUGUUGGAAGGAGGGGUCACCGUGGUACAAGAACCAGUAAUGCUCCCAAAGCUGCUGGAACAAGUGAUGAUUGCUCAUUGGAUGCACAUAAGAGGCAGGAAAGUGGGCAAAACCUUCAACGUAAUAAAAACUUAAAUGUUUUUCUAAUUUGGUUAGUUCUUCUUAAAAUGUUGAUGCAGCAAGGAAGAAACAGUCCUUUGAAAUUUGAAGUUGCUGUAAAUGCCAGCCUUGAUACAGAAAAUGGGAGGUUUGAAAUGGUCUCCGUGUCAACUCCAUGCUUCAAAAACAUUUGGUCUUUGGAAUGAAGUCAAUGUUAAA